UCAUUGUCUUCACUGAUGCCUAACCCAAGUGAGCAGUCGCAUUUUGGUGGCUCUCUGGGCCAGCGUGAUGUAGAAUGGUCUGAAGGUCAGAAAGAUAGGGCGGAAAGUCGUUGUCACUACUGUGGCACCAUUGCUGGUCAUAGGAAUUCUUUGGCAUUGGAUGGAGACGGUCACCAUCACCUAGGUCUCAAUGCAAAACCAGAUCGAGACUUCCAGCCCUCCCUGUACAAGCAGAUCCAUAAGGACCGGCAAGGACAGCACCUACUGAGGAAAAACUCUGUGCCCGAUCUAAGCAACAGCCUCUACCUCAGGCAAAUGAUGGCAGGCCGUGCCUCUGCACCGUCUCAGGAUUACUACCAAUAUGACGCUGCCUUAUCUGGUCAGCUACCUGAAGAGUCAGGGUUUUAUAGGGAUAACCACCACCUGCUCACCAGAUCAGCCUUGCAUUAUGGGCCCAGCACUGGGGGUGUUAGCCCUACCCCCGCACCUCCUCCCCUUCCUCCCCCGCCACCUCCUCCUCUUCCUGUUCAUGAGCUGAGCCGUUUGUACAGGGAAACUCUGGGAUCUAAGAUGAUCCCAGACAUCCACCGUAUUGGUGGCCGCUUUUCCUCUCCUGCAGUCUACGGGGUUCAGCCCCCUCAUCCUAUUUAUGCUGCUGAGCCACCGUCUUUCUCUGCUCACCAAGCUUAUAACAAUUUUAACAGCUUGUCCCUGGACCCCCGCCGGCUACCUGCCACCUGUUCGGGGGUGGACCCAGCUUCUCAGGGAAUGGACGGAUCUCUCCCCCGGGGUUAUGGAGCUGUAGCCUCCCAGAGGUUUUCUUAUGACCAAAACUAUGAUCCCAGCUCAGCCACUGCUGGAAUAUCAUCCAACAUGCCUCAUCACUAUCCCAGCACUGCAGACCACAAGAGAAUGGUGGACCCUGCCUUCUUGGCUAUGCUGCGUGCUGAAGGCUUGGCCGAGAGCACUAUUACUCUCCUCCUGCAACAUGGUUUUGAUUCCACUGCCAUGCUAGGAAUGAUGGAGGACCAUGAUGUCCGCUCUGUGGCCCCUAACUUGGCCCAGGCCCGUGUUCUUUCCCGGUUGGCGCUUGGUUGCAAGGAGAGCGGGACGGUUAUGCGCUCCCGAUCCAAUAGCUUAAGCUAUCGCAAUGACGUCUACAUGCAGCCCCAAGGUUUGACCAUGGACGCCAGCCUGAUGCAGCAACCUCCCACUUCCAUCCAGAACACGUCUCCCAGGUUGGGGGAGUUUCUUAGUAGAAGACCCAACAGCGCACCCUCCCAGCACCUCCUUGAGACCACCUCCUACCCAGCAGCACGGCAACUGGCAACUGGAGCUUUGCCGCUCAGUGCUGGAGGAUAUAGUAGCGCUGUGACUCAGGGAAGACCCGUCUCCAUGUACAAUGCCCAUACUGGCCUUGCCAUGUCCGCUCUUGGACAACAGCCUCCACCAGCACCGGGCACCCCUGGAGCAGCGCCCAAAACCUUCUCUGGCUCCUACUCCCCCAUGGAGCUGAUGAAGAGAGCCUCCAACUAUCCCCCACCAUCGCCAGUUGCAGCGCCAAGCCCACUUCACAGCCCCCAACUGCUCCGGAAAGGGAUCAAUGUUGCCCCUGAGAGUACCAAUGCUCCUGCAACUUCUUCCUCCACUCACCAACUGCAAAACCUUAACAACACCAAGAUGUUAGGACGGCGCACUGGUCCACCUGUCAUAGUCUCAACCAUGGUCACCACACCUGACACAAGUAUUCGGCCCCAAAUCAUGAACGGGCCAAUGCAUCCUCGCCCCUUGGUGGCGCUUCUGGACGGGCGCGACUGUACUGUGGAGAUGCCCAUUCUGAAAGACUUGGCAACUGUUGCCUUCUGUGAUGCUCAGUCCACACAGGAGAUACACGAGAAGGUGCUCAAUGAAGCAGUGGGAGCCAUGAUGUACCACACCAUCACUCUGACCAGAGAGGACCUGGAAAAGUUCAAAGCUCUACGCAUCAUUAUCCGCAUUGGCAGCGGCUACGACAACAUCGACAUCAAAGCUGCUGGAGAGCUGGGCAUUGCUGUGUGUAACAUUCCCUCGGCAGCUGUGGAGGAGACGGCAGACUCCACCCUAUGCCAUGUCCUCAACCUUUACCGACGGAACACCUGGCUCUACCAGGCUCUCCGGGAGGGCACGCGGGUUCAGAGCGUGGAGCAGAUCCGCGAGGUGGCGUCCGGUGCCGCCCGCAUCCGUGGCGAAACCCUUGGCCUCAUUGGCUUCGGUCGUUCGGGCCAGGCAGUGGCUGUGCGCGCAAAGGUUUUUGGCUUCAACGUCAUCUUUUACGACCCCUACCUGCAGGACGGCCUGGAGCGCUCCCUGGGUGUACAGCGCGUCUACACCCUGCAGGACCUGCUCUACCAGAGCGACUGCGUCUCCCUGCACUGCAACUUGAACGAACACAACCACCACCUCAUCAACGACUUCACCAUCAAACAGAUGCGUCAGGGUGCGUUCCUGGUCAACACUGCACGGGGUGGCCUGGUGGAUGAGAAGGCCCUGGCCCAGGCGUUGAAGGAGGGCAGGAUACGUGGAGCUGCCUUGGACGUUCAUGAGACGGAGCCCUUCACUUUUGCUCAGGGCCCACUGAAAGAUGCUCCAAACCUGAUCUGCACACCACACACUGCAUGGUACAGUGAGCAGGCCUCUCUGGAGAUGAGGGAGGCAGCAGCCACCGAGAUCCGAAGAGCCAUCACCGGCCGUAUCCCUGACAGCCUAAGAAACUGUGUCAACAAGGAGUUCUUCGUCACCACGGCAGCAUGGGCAGUUAUGGAUCAACCAGGCGUUCACCCUGAGCUCAACGGUGCUGCCUACAGCCAAGUGACCCAAAAUCUCGCGGCUGUAACUUCGGGUGUUCCCCAAGACAAAAUUAUUGCCUAGAUCAGGAGCAGAUACCCGCCGGGUGUAGUUGGAGUGGCUCCUGGUGGCAUCCCGGGGGCGUUAGAGGGUAUGGUGCCAGGUGGGGUGCCCAUCGCCCACACCCUGCCCUCUGGUACGCAUCCCUCCCAGGCCCCGUCGCCCAACCAGCCCUCCAAACACGGCGAGACCAGAGAGCACCUCACCGAGCAAUAGCAGCAGAAGGGAUCCAAACGGCAACAUCUCAUCCGACUGUCGACACCCAGAACCAACCAAUCACAAAGCAACCGACCAACUGGGACCAAGAGACAGUGAAACAACACAAGCGGCUGCCUGUUAAAUCAGUCAGCAACUGGGAACAAACGAAAUGUUCCGAGGAAUUUGUACUUUUAACGUUUUAGUUUUUACUCUCUGUCUCUUUGGGUUCAGUACUGACUUUACUCUUUGAUGAUGAUGAUGGGUUUUUUUUGUUUGUUUUUUUCUUCGGGACAUGCCUAUGAUUGUGGACACAGAGUCCAGUGUUUUUAGCACUCCAGGAUUACCUGAUGAGACUCUGUCCCGCCCCCCUACACCUCAGAGCUCAUGGGAAACGUAGGCCCACAUCUCAACACACCAUUGGGCGAACAAGAGAAAAAAAACUUUGGCAUCAUGUGCUACUGGACCUUAUCCCCCAUCCCCCCCAACCCUUCCUGAUCAUCCCCACAUAUCCUCCUUAUGUAACUAAUGUGUGUUGUUUAGCCCCCCCCCCCCCCCCAUUUUGCCUCAGAAGAGAAUUUUUUUUUCAAUCUUCAGUGUGAAUGACUAAAAAUGGAUUAUUGACUAUAUAUAUUUAUCAUUCGUCAAACAAAAGGAAAAGAUUGCUUAUCAGUUAUAAUAUAGUAAUCAAGAGUGGGUUUUAACCCUUUCCUGGCUAUUAUACAUACAACAGCUGCUGCUGUUACAAGAUCUCACCAGUUGAGGGCGCUUCUACAGUGUGAGGGAUUUCUUCUGCACUUGUGACCUUUGAGACUAUAAGUUGCUCCAAAAUAUUGUGUGAAUUAGUUUCUUUCAGUGGUAAACACUAAACAUUCACGUUAUACAUUUGAUAGUAGCUGCAUUUUGACAUGGAAUGGAUUUAGAGGGAGCUGCAAGCUUCGGUUUUCUCUAUAGUUAAGAGUUGAUAUGUCAGUAUGACAGUUUUUUUUUUUUUUCAUCAGAGUAAAAAAAUAAUGAAGUUGGUGUGACUGUAUCUGAUUCUUCUGUUGACAUCCGGAUAGUUCUGACAGCCAAUGGACAACCAAUAUCAACUUAGUGGCAGCAGCGCACAUUUUGUGACCAAUGCCCUCCCCCUUUAUCUUCUUUGAGCACAUAUCACAGUAAAGACAGGAAAGGGUUAAAGCAAACUUUAUUUCUUAAUGACUCAGGAAAACACCUUUUUGCAGAUAGUUUGUUUAUUCCCAGAAUUUGUCUUUGAAGUAAAAAAAAACAAAGUCAAGAUCAAUCUGGUUAGUCUGAAUAUUUUCUCUCCUCCCUCCUAUUCAUUGUGGUAUUUUUAUAUACAAGGCACAUCUCAUGUUUUUGGUGUUGAAGAGUUUUGAAAAGUCCUGUUAGAUUUGUAUUGCCUAGUUAAAUGUUCCUAUAACCAUAGUCCUAUGUGAUCCGCCCUUUCCCUUCUCUCCUUAUAUUUUCUUUGUUCUAUUGAAGGCCAGGUUCUUUGGGGCAUCCUGUACUCUGGAAGAGCAAUAGCAGAAACUCCUACUUAGUGUCCCAACAAUAGCAGAAGAGGCAGCCAGCAGUAUGUUUUUGUUUUAAGUGUGAGUAUUUGUAUUUGUUUCUUGUACAAGGUGAACAUUUAGCAUUCAGUGCAGUUCAAAUAAAAGAUACACUUCUGAGAACCA